AUGCGUGUCGCAACAUCCACAGGACUCGGGGCCUUCCUCCUCACAGCAUCAAGCAUCGUCAACGCGAUCGAACUGGACAUCAACAGCACCGACUCAAUCCUCCGCGCAAGCAGUACAAUCGUUCAAAACAUCUUGCAAAUCUACAACAAUGGCUCUGACACCGGUCCUCCCAUUCCCGGCCUCCUACCGGAUCCCUACUACUGGUGGGAAGCAGGCUACAUGUUCGACUCGUUGAUCAAUUACUGGUCUCUUUCAGGUAACGACUCGAUCGUGCAAACCAUCCAGGAAGGCAUGCUCUUUCAAACAGGACCGGAUAACGACUACCUCCCACCGAACCAGACGAGGAACCUCGGGAACGAUGACCAGGCCCUGUGGGCUCUGGCUUCGAUGACGGCUGCUGAGAAGGGCUUUCCAUUACCUAGCGGAUCGAACGUGACAUGGAUCCAGCUGGCUGAGAAUGUGUUCAAUGAACAUGUUGCGAGAUGGGACGAUGACACCUGCAAUGGAGGACUGAGAUGGCAGCUCUUCACGUUUAACAAUGGGUAUAACUACAAGAACUCUAUCUCUCAGGGGACCUUUGCGUAUCUGGGCGCGAGACUGGCGAGGUACACGGGCAACAGCACGUACAGUGACUGGGCGCAGAAGGCCGUGGACUGGACGAGGAAUGUUAAACUGCUCACCAGCGACGGGGCGAUUUACGAUGGAACGGAUGCGACGCUUAAUUGCUCAGAAUUAAAUCACAUCCAGUGGACGAUCAACGCCGGACUGUUCAUGAACACGGCAUCCUACCUCGUCAACAUCUCCCAAUCCUCCGCCUGGAACGACCUUCUCUGGCCGGUCUUCCUCGAAUCCACCAAAAUAUUCACAGACGCCGGCGCCUCCGCCAACAGCCAAGGCCGCAGCAUCAUCACCGAAGUCGCCUGCACCAUGGAAGACAACUGCAAUGUCGACCAGAAAGCCUACAAAGCCACCCUCGCCCGAGCCCUCAACAUCUUCCAGUCCCAAACUGCCUCCUCGCCAAGCACAUUCAACGGCACGAGCUCCUCCGACGCUUAUAGUCGUGCAGCAGCAAUUCUGCGAGCGUCCGCUGAAGGCGCCGCCGCGCAAUGUUCUGGAGGCGACGAUGGAACGACGUGUGGCUUCGACUGGUCUUCGAGCACAUGGGAUGGGACGAGUGGAAUGGGACAGGAAUUGAAUGCUUUGGAGGUGUUGUUGGCGAAUUUGCCGGCUAAGGCGUUGAAUACUGCCAACGAUACCUCUAUAGCUGGUAGCGGUGGCUCUGGAUCUAAUAGUACCUCAACGGAGGAGAGCGGUGGUAGUAAUAGUACGGGUACCAGCACGGGGAGUGCAGAGAGCGCGAGCUCGUCGACGAGUGGAGCAGCGGGCUUGUGGUCUUCUUCAGCAUUUGUGGCGUUGUUCAGCGCUAUUGCUAUCAGCGUCUUGCGGCUGAGUUUGUAA